GGUUAGCAAUAUGUCAGCCACCAUAGUUUCGAAGAUUCUUUAUACACAUUUCUGCUAGAACUAACCGCUAGAAGUAAUGCUACUUAGGGCACGUUCAGCGUACUUACUUGGUGCACAUCACAAGUUUGUCGUGUGAUUUAUGUGCAUAGGUUGGCACAUUUUAUAAUGUCAAAUAAUAUUACGUGAGCCUAGUAAUGUUUUGAACGUUUUUGCAACGUUAUUUAAAAUUAUAUUUUAAUAUCAACGGUGUCACGGAUGUGGAAACCUUUUUGCGACGUUAUUUUGCAACGUUCAUAACAGAGUGUGAUAUGGGUAUGUUUGGACAAGUUGUUGUCGGCCCACCUGGGAGUGGAAAGAGCACGUAUUGCACAGGCCUUCAGGACCUGCUGACACAGCUAGGGCGCAAGGUAGUCAUUGUUAACCUGGAUCCGGCUAACGAUCAACUUCCGUACAUGUGUGAUGUAGAUAUCAGCGAUCUUGUAACAGUAUCUGAAGUGAUGGACAGUCUUAAGCUUGGUCCAAAUGGUGGUCUUAUCUUCUGUAUGGAGUAUCUUGAGAAGAACAUGGACUGGUUGAAGAGUCAGCUGGACAGAUAUAAGGAUCAUUAUUUUCUGUUCGACUGCCCAGGACAGGUGGAGCUGUACACCCACCACACUGCGAUAAAGAACAUUUUCGCGCAGCUUGUGAAGUGGGACUUUCGCCUGGCAUCUGUACACCUGGUAGACUCUCACUACUGUAGUGAUCCCACAAAGUUUAUAGCUGUGUUGCUGACGUCUCUUGCUACUAUGCUGCAGGUUGAACUUCCACAUGUGAACGUGCUUUCCAAAGUUGACUUGAUCCAGCAGUUUGGGAAACUUCCCUUCAACAUAGAUUUCUACACCGAAGUGCUGGACCUUAGCUAUGUGAUGGAAGCAUGGAAGGAUGACCCUCUCACAUCCAAGUUUAAGAAGUUUAAUGAGGCACUAUGUGGUGUCAUCGAAGACUACAGUCUUGUCUCCUUCCACACUCUCGCUAUUCAGGACCGGGAGAGCGUCUUGCGGCUGCUCAAGACCGUCGACAAGGCGAACGGCUAUAUCUUUGGUGACAAGGAGCAGGACACGCUCUACGGCCUCAUGUCGUCCGCCGUCGGCGCCGAGUUUGAAUACUUCAAGACUGCCGACGUGCGAGAGCGAUAUAUGGCCGACGACGAGACGGAGAAGCCGAUGGAGGAGGGCGAGGCGGUGAAACCAGCGGUGGAGGCGGGCGAGGCGGAGAAACCAGCGGUGGAGGCGGCCGAGGCGGUGGGGAUGGGAUUAGCGAGCUGACGGCGAUAGUCUGCGGAUUAGACAUUGCAGACGAGGAAGCGAUGGAACGCGCGCGGGCUACGGGACGGCGUGUGAGAUCGGCUGUAGUGUGUUUCGUUAGCUCUGCUGAAAUACACGCGUGCCAUUGACGCGUUAUUUACUUGUUACGGUGUAGCGUGUGCUUGUGGGAGAGCAGAAUGCGCGAAGCAACACGUACAAAUGUGUGUAUGUAUGUAUAUCAAACUCUUGAUAUUAUAUUAUAUCACUCGCUGAUAUGAGUGUAUAUACUUUAAUGGCUUCGACUAGAGAAGAAUGCACCUUAAGCGAAAACCAAUGAACGAAACUUGAUUUUAAUCUAAAUAUCUCAUGAAUGAAUGACAAAAGAAGCGGGAAGAUUAUUUAAAUUAUCUAUCAGGCACAAUGUGAUACAAAGAAAUGUUUCUUUUUUAAUGACAUUGUAUUGUGCGUAUCAUUUCAUGCUCUACUUUUUUUCUUCUUUGUGUAGCGAGGCCCCUGCAGCGAGCUCGGCUUGAUUCAUUCUAUUCAGUGUCGCUCCAGACGUGCAGCUGCUCGUUUCGUCUUCUGUCUCAUCCUUCUGUCUCCAAGUGUUCUGAAAACGUCCACUUCUUUUCUUGCGACUGCCAAGAGUUUCUUAGUUAUGUUUGAUGUCAUCUUUCUUAGGCUAUGACCAAUCCAUCCGCAUUUUUUUUUUAUCGCAAUACCUAUGGAUGUUCGUUAUUAUUUUGUUCUAUCUUGGUAGUUUUAUAUCAGCGGGUGCUAUAUUUGUCACGUGCUCGGUGGUGGUCUUUUGUGACUACUAUUAGUUCGUGUACUGUACUCGGCCACCUAUUCCGUUGGUCUUCAAAAUUUGCGAGUAUUCUCUCAAACAUUUCAUUGUUUUUGGUUUGCUAGUUUCUUUUUCUUUGAAGUUGGAAUAUUUGCUUGUUUUUCCGUGUCGAAAACAACUGUACGCUUGGCGAAUAAUGUUCGUAUCUGCUGUGUCGUCAGUGUCACUGUGUUUAUUUACGCGCGCACGCGUAUAUUAGCAGAUAAAGAGAGUGUCCUGCGCGGAUAUUUUCAUCAGUCAAGAUUACCGGACUAGAGCGCAAUUUUUUCAGGAUUUCCAGUUAAUGAAAAUUCAACUCAUGUGGUUGAAAAGUCGUUAACAGUGCUAGGCGCGUGAAGCUGAGAAAGCAGUAGCCCUCGAGUCGGUGGAACUAGAGGCUGCUUGAUGUUUUGAUACGAAUCUGCUGAUAUUCAACGUCGUGAAAAUUGCAAUCGGUAAGACGCCAGUCGGACGCGGGUGAUGUUUGCACUAGGUUAAUUGACACGUGUUGGUGUUAAUCGGUGAGGGAGUCCGCGAGUUUUUUCUUCUUCCUGUUGUCUCAUCUGUUUCAUCUUUCGUCAUGCCACCCGGGCGCGUCAGCUCGCAAGCGUAUAAUUUUUUAUGUGCACGCCGCGUAAAUGUACGCUGUUACGAGAAUGUACGAGUUGGGGUUCACAUACUUUUUACGUAGCAUAUUUAGAUGUAAUUGUUAUUGUAAAUAAUAUAUCGAUAUAACAACUACACGUGAAGCAUUCGUAUAAUAUAGAUGCAUAUUAUCUGCGUUUAAAA